CAACAUUACAUUAUGUUAAUAUUUAAACUCAAAGUUUUUACAAAAAUAUGUGGAUUUGUGAUGUUCUCUUUAUCAAAUUUUUACUUUUCAGACAACUGCAUCAGCUGCAAUACCUUUGUUCGACCAAGGCAGGAGGCACUUCAGUGUGACAGAUGUCAACACUGGCAGCAUCGAACAUGCAAUACUGGCAUAACCAGAGCUGAGUACAGAAGAUUAGUGCACGGCCAAGAAGAUUUUGAUUGGACUUGCGAAGGUUGUUCCAACAACUCAGAGGUCCCAUCGCAAGAUGACGAAGACGAUGUCAACAACACAUCAGAGGUUCCAGAUGCCACUUUCCAAAUGUCCCUGACUUCCUUGGUGGAUCGGGAGAACACAUCGGAACAGCACACGGAGGAUGAAAGAGAGGAGGAACCAAAUGAGGACAACACAUCAACAGCCCCAGCAGAUGCCACAUUUCACAUUUCCUUGGGUUCCUUGAUGGAUCCAGAAGACAGACCUGUGAUUGAUCCGGACGACAGACCUGUGAUUGAUCUGGAAGACAGACCUGUGGAGGAUCCAGAAGACAGACCUGUGAAUCAGCAAGAGGACCAGUCCUUUGUAGCGGACACAUCUUUUGAUGUUCCUGCUGCUGUAAACGAGGAUUCCAUUAGAGAGGAAGUCAUUGGUGACAUGCCAGAGGAGGAUGAGGCUGUGGUUGCUGAGUAUGAAGUGGUAGACACAGGAACCAAACGGGGCAAGAGGAAACUGGUAGACAACCGUGGAUUCCAGUAUACUAUUAAGAAGCAGAGAGGAGAUGGCUAUAUUUACUGGAGAUGCAGCAAACGUGGGAAGGAGCAGCACUGUCCAGCCACAGUGAUUCAAAAAGGCGACACCUUCCAAGAAGGCCUAAAAAAUCAUGUUCACCCUGCAGAGCCAGGAGUCCAUUUAGCCAUCAAAAUGAAAGCUGAGGUGAAGAAAAAGGCGGUGGAUAACAUAUUUACAGAGUCUGCACCCCGCAUUGUAGAAAAUGUCAUGAAUGCCGCCUCAGAUGUUGAUGCUCCCCCUGCCAGUCGUCCAAAGCCUGCCAACAUGACAAGGAUUGUCAACAGGGUUAGACAGAACCUGCGGCCUCAAGAUCCACAGGAUUUAGAUUUUGAGCUUGACAUCGGCUUCCUGGAGCAGCAGAUGCCAAACUUCAGACAUGUUGAUGUCUAUGUUUCUGGCCGUCGACAUCUGCUGAUGUAUACGGACUACCAGCUGCAGCUCCUGGCUAAGGCCAAAACCUGGUAUCUGGACGCCACAUUCCGGGUUGUCAACAAACCUUGGUAUCAACUCUUCACCAUCCACUCCUUUAUCCGCGGUGGUGCUAACAUGAAGCAAAUCCCUCUGGCAUUUUGCUUCAUGUCUAGCAAAAGAAAGGCCGAUUAUUAUGAAGUUCUCAGGACAAUUGAUCAUCUCCUGCCAGACAACAUCAGUCUCCAUGGUUUUGUUGUUGACUUUGAGGCAGCCAUUUGGAGAGCAGUGCAGGACAGAUUUCCUGGAUUUGUCAUACAAGGCUGUGUGUUCCAUUGGACCCAGGCCGUGUACAGAAAGGCCCAAGAACUGGGUUUGCAGAGGGCUUACAACACAAGAGGAGAGGUGCAUGAGUUUAUUCGUCAAGUGCUCGCCCUCCCUUUCUUGCCACCAGAGCACAUAGUCGAGACAUUCCACCAUUUGGAUCGGCGUGUACAGACGGACUUGCUCGAUUCCCUUAUGGAAUAUGUGUGGCGCCAGUGGCUGAAUAACCCCAUUUUUUCUGUCAGGAACUGGAGUGUGUUUAUGCUCGCCAUUCGCACCAACAACGAUGUAGAGGGAUGGCACAACAGGCUUAACAGCAGAGUUGCGCAAAGAGGUCCUGUUCCCUUCUACUUGUUGUUGGUGGAACUACACAAAGAGGCAAAACAGAUCCCCCUCCAGGCAAAGUUGAUCUCCGAAGGGAAGAUGGUGCGCAUCCAUAAGAAAAGGACAACACAUGUAAAUGGAAAGUUGUUCGCUGCAUGGAAGCAGUAUUCGGAGGGGGAAAUGACCACCAGUCAGCUUUUGCGGCGUUGUGCCAAUGUGUAUGGACCAAGUGAUUAG